GUCGGCUUUCCCCGCACAUCGUCCAGCAUCAUGACCGCUUCUUCCGCUACCGCUCUGAAUGUCGUCGUCUCUGGCGCCGCUGGCCAAGUGGCUUAUGCGUUCCUUCCCUUGCUCUGCAGCGGCCGCGUCCUCGGCCCAAACCAACGCAUCCACUUGCGUCUGUUGGAUAUUCCACAAUCUCUCGAAGUCUUGGGCGGUGUCGUGAUGGAACUCAACGACUGCGCCUUCCACCUCGUCGACGACAUUGUGCCCACGACGGACCUUGAAACUGCUUUCGAAAACGCCGACAUUGCGAUUCUCCUUGGUGGAUUUCCUCGCAAGCAAGGCAUGGAACGCAAGGAAUUGAUUUCAAAGAACGGUUCCAUCUUCAAGGCGCAAGGCGAAGCCCUCGAACUGUACGCCCGCCGAUCGGUCAAGGUCUUGGUGGUGGCCAACCCGGCCAACACCAACUGUUUGAUCGCAAUGAAGCAUGCCCCGAGCAUCCCCACGGAGAACUUUUCUGCGUUGACUCGUCUGGACCACGAACGCAUGCGCUCGCUCUUGGUCAAGAAGAUUCAAUCGUACCCAGAACACAAGCACGUGUCGUCCAAGGACGUGAGGAACUGUGUGAUUUGGGGCAAUCAUUCCAACACCCAAGUACCGGAUGCCGCGCACGUGGUCAUUCAAUCGGCGGACGGGUCGGUGGCGCCGCUGGCCGACUUACUGCAAGACUCGGACUGGAUCGACUCGUCGUUGCGGCCGUUGGUGCAAAACCGAGGUGCGGCCAUCAUAAAAGCACGCAAGUUGUCGAGUGCGAUGUCGGUGGGCGCGGCCAUUGCCGGCCACAUGAACGACUGGCUGUUUGGGUCGUCGGAAUUGGUGUCGAUGGCAAUCUUGUCGACCGGGAACAAGUAUGGCGUCCCUGACGACUUGAUCUAUUCCUUCCCAGUCAAGUGCCUGGGCCAUGGCGAAUAUCAAGUCGCAAAUGUGGCCGUGUCGCCCGCGAUUGCUAAGUUGAUGCAAGUGUCAACGGACGAGCUCCAAGGCGAAAAGGUUGAAGCGUUUUCUCAAGUGGACAACAGCCACGUUUAAACGUUGGAUUUAUCCGUACUAGUAGUACUACUAGUGGUGCAUUGGAGAAUACGUAAAUAAUAUAUAUUUGAUUUGAUGGUA